CCUAGGUGGGUGUGUGUUGCCACGCGCAUGUCUAUAUCACAAAUGUCUGUCUAUCAUCUCACACACAUCACAGUCACAGCAGCUUUAGGUGUCCACACACACUGUCAGCCUCAUCGGCGAGACACGGACCAAUACCCAACACCGUCAGAGAACCGCGGGCUAUCUGAGACACCCAAUGCACACACAUCCAUCCACCCAUCCGUGUGUGUGUUUCCCACCCACCUGUGUGUGUCCGGCGUCGGCAAUGAGGGCCGCCACAAAACCCCGAUCAACGGCAUCUUGCUGCAUGGACACUCAGACAGAGAGAAAGAUACCCAUGCAUAUGGAAAUGCGGUCUUGUUCUCCUUCCCUCUACAGAUGCGUACAGACGUACGCACAUAGAUGUCGAGCAGUUGGUGUUCACUGUCGACGCGCACAGCCACCUUGGUCACACCCGUGUCCUCCCUGUUGGUGGACAUCCACACGCACGAAGAGACAUAGUACCCUGAUGACGUGUAUGUCUCUGUGUGUGUGGCGUGGGCCUACCAGAGUUUCAGGUGCGGGUUUCCUUUCUUGACGGAUAUUUUGUAAGCCUCCACGGCAGCAUGGGCACACUAUACACACGAAUUCGCACACACACGGACACGCGACUCUCCCCAUCCCUUCCAUGUCUCUCCCCGUCCCUCUUACCUGUGCGGCAAUUUUCCCUUUGCCCAUCUUCAGAUCGCUUCUUACCACCAAGACCAUCUUGCACGGCUUCCUACGCGCCCUGGCCACGCUGCUGCUGCUGCUGCUACUGGUGUCACUCUUUGUUGGUGUUCGUGUCUCGCCAUUUGAUGGUGAUGGCAAUGCUUGAACGCGGGAUGAUGGAUGUGACACCAUCUGUGGCCUUGUUCUCAGCUGUGAAGUGGUUCUGCCAGCAAACACACGCCUGGCUGUCUGUGUGGGGCCGUGGUGUGUGCGUAUGUGUGAAUGCAGGCAGCGUGGCAAGGGGGAGGGAGGGAGGGAGGGAGGGAGAAGGUGGAGGAGCGACGGAUGCCUCCAAUAACAACAAUUGGCAAGCAAUGGUUAAGCCUCCAGGACGUCUUGUCCAGAAAUAAAGCACAAAACCUCCAGGCCCAAGCAGGCAGGCAGGCAGGCACACACGAGGGCAAAAAUGGCAGCCACGCGGCCGUCCUCCCCCCAACACAAAUAAAUCUCAUCCAUCCAUCGAAGGACCGGCCGGCCGGCUGCCAUGUCCCUGCCCAUCUCCCGCAGACAUUGCACAAACCUCACUCACUGACUGUACACACACACACAGACAGGCACACAGACAGGCAGACAGACAGACAGCGCUCUAUCUUUCUCUCUCUCUCUCUCUCUCUCUCUCGGUCGGUGAAAAAUCGGCUCUAAACCCUGCCAGCCAGCUUUGGUUGGUAUGUACAGAUAAAACACAGCACAGCCAUUCAUUCGUUGAUUGAUUCAGUCAUCUGCUGUGUGUGGAAGAAUGGCAGGCAAGGCAAAAACUCCCCUCUUCCUUCCUUCCUUCCUUCCUUCCUCGAUCGCUCCUGGCUGUCUGUCUGUGCAGACACAGAUACUCACAGCGAGCGUGCGCACGUCAGUCACGUGUGCAUCCCAUCCAUCCAUCCAUGCAGGCACGCAGGCAGGCAUGCAGCCGUCGCUUCGUUGUGGAGUGGGAGGGUCAAAAUCCAUCCAUCCAUCCAUCCGUCCAUCCACCCACCAUGGAUCAAUCACAACCGUCGC